CCGAGCCCGCAAGCCCAUAUUCCCGAAGCUACUACACCUGCCGUCCCUAGGGUUUUGCUGCGCUGAUAUUUCACCCAAGCGCCGCCAUUCUCCCCCUUCCCCUUUUCCUCACCGCCGCAGGAGAAGAAGCAGACGCGCGGAGGAGAGCUUCCAGGCGGCGACCAUGGUGAACGUUCCAAAGACCAAGAAGACCUACUGCAAGAACAAGGAGUGCAAGAAGCACACCCUCCACAAGGUUACACAAUACAAGAAAGGCAAGGAUAGUCUUUCUGCUCAGGGCAAGCGUCGUUAUGACCGCAAACAGUCAGGAUAUGGUGGCCAGACAAAGCCUGUUUUCCACAAGAAGGCCAAGACAACAAAGAAGAUUGUGCUGAAGCUGCAGUGCCAGAGCUGCAAGCAUUACUCGCAACGCGCCAUCAAGAGGUGCAAGCACUUCGAAAUCGGUGGAGACAAGAAGGGCAAGGGAACCUCUCUCUUCUAAGCUGAUGAUACCCCUGUUAUGUUCAGAGUGUUGUGCCAGAACUUCCCACUCGAACAAUGUAUUAUCUCGUUAAUUUCUGGGUAUGAACUCUAUGGGCUAUGGAGCAUAUGUUUUGCCUUUGUGUCAAGUGUCAACUACUCUCGUCAGAUCCAUGAGACAAGUAAAAUGUUCUUUAUGCCUGAGUUCGUUCUGCUUGUUCUUGGUCUACUUAGGAUUGUUUGUAGUAUAUGUUUCUGGCUUUACAUUUCAAACGUGUGCUCCCUCUGUUUCAAAAUUUAUGUUCAGAUUUGCUUUGAUUCA